AUGGAGAGCACAAUGAAGGAGAUGAGAGACGGAGCAUCGGUGCUUGACAUGGACCCCAAAUCCACCGUCGGUGGCGGCGUUGAGGAUGUUUACGGCGAGGACAGAGCUACCGAAGAUCAGCUUGUUACUCCCUGGACCAUCUCAGUCGCCAGUGGAUAUUCCAUGUUGAGGGAUCCACAUCAUAACAAAGGGCUUGCUUUCACUGAGAAAGAAAGAGAUGCACACUACCUGCGUGGUCUUCUCCCUCCAGCAAUCAUAUCUCAGCAGCUUCAGGAAAAGAAAUUGAUGAACACCAUUAGGCAGUAUCAACUCCCUCUUCAAAAAUAUAUGGCCAUGAUGGAACUUGAGGAGAGGAAUGAAAGGUUGUUUUAUAAGCUUCUGGUUGAUAAUGUUGAGGAAUUGCUUCCGGUUGUUUAUACACCGACAGUCGGUGAAGCUUGCCAGAAGUAUGGGAGUAUUUUCAAGCGUCCUCAGGGUCUAUACAUAAGUUUGAAGGAAAAGGGGAAGAUUCUUGAUGUGUUGAAAAACUGGCCUCAAAGGAGUAUUCAGGUUAUUGUUGUUACUGAUGGUGAAAGAAUUUUGGGACUUGGGGAUCUUGGCUGUCAGGGAAUGGGUAUUCCUGUUGGGAAGUUGGCUCUUUACACAGCACUUGGAGGCAUUCGUCCUUCGGCUUGUUUGCCUAUAACCAUUGAUGUGGGUACGAAUAACGAGCAAUUGCUGAAGGAUGAAUUCUACAUUGGACUGAGACAAAAGAGGGCAACUGGCCAGGAAUACUCGGAACUUCUCCAUGAGUUCAUGGCUGCUGUAAAGCAGAACUACGGGGAAAAAGUUCUUAUACAGUUUGAAGAUUUUGCUAACCACAAUGCUUUUGAGCUGCUUGCAAAGUAUGGCACAACUCAUCUAGUCUUCAAUGAUGAUAUACAGGGGACAGCUGCUGUUGUUCUUGCAGGUCUUAUUGCAGCACUGAAGUUGCUAGGUGGUUCCCUGGGUGAUCACACUUUCUUGUUCCUUGGUGCUGGGGAAGCUGGAACUGGUAUAGCAGAGCUUAUAGCUCUGGAGAUGUCAAGACAGACAAAAGCACCUUUGGAAGAGACUCGCAAGAGAAUCUGGCUGACAGAUUCAAAGGGUUUGGUUGUUAGCUCUCGAAAGGAGUCAAUACAACACUUCAAGAAGCCAUGGGCUCAUGAGCAUGAACCUGUUAAGGGACUUUUAGAUGCUGUCAAGGCAAUCAAACCAACAGUCUUGAUUGGAACUUCCGGGGUUGGAAGGACGUUUACUAAGGAAGUGAUCGAGGCCAUGGCUUCUUUCAAUGAGAGACCUCUAAUCCUGGCGCUGUCCAAUCCAACUUCACAAUCUGAAUGUAAAGCUGAAGAAGCUUACACUUGGACUAAGGGAAAAGCAAUUUUUGCUAGUGGAAGUCCAUUUGAUCCGGUUGAAUACGAGGGCAAAGUUUUUAUUCCUGGCCAGUCCAACAAUGCUUACAUUUUCCCUGGUUUUGGCUUGGGUUUGGUCAUCUCUGGAGCUAUUCGUGUUCAUGAUGAUAUGCUUCUGGCUGCCUCGGAAGCCUUGGCUGGGCAAGUUACAGAGGACCACUUGGCAAAGGGAUUGAUUUACCCACCUUUCUCUAACAUCAGAACAAUCUCGGCCCAUAUCGCUGCUAAAGUAGCUGCUAAGGCAUACGAACUUGGGGUGGCUACACGUCUCCCCCGUCCAGAGAACCUUGUGAAGUACGCUGAGAGUUGCAUGUACAGUCCCGCCUAUAGAAUGUACCGGUGA